AUGACAAAGCAUGCUAUUCAGAUGCAGAUCAUGAAUAAAACAUGGGAGCCUAAUGUCCACGCUGUGAGGAAAACGAAGGAUGAGUUACAAGCAGAAAUUCUAGUUGCUCCUAAAAAGGAAAAAAGAGAGAGGGAUGGGAAGAGAAAGGAGAGCAGAGGUGGGAGGAAAGCGAGACCUCCGACCAUCCAAUCACACUCCAUCUUUGAACAUUGUCCUGAUGUCUCAAAUUACAAAACAGGCCGGUAUUGUGCCAGGGGACUGCAUAACUCUUCGACAUCUUCUGUUUGUCAACCAGUCAAAAACGAAGGGAAAAAAUCAAGGCAGGACGAAGAUCAUCUUCUACAUAAACUGCAGCGAGAUGAUUUCAUAGUUGAUCCAGAGUUGAGGAAUGAUUCCCGACUAAAGCCCAUCGCCCUGCCUCUGUAUCAGUCCAGCAGCUUCUCCAAGACUCACAGACUGUCCACCACCACAUCAGGUCAAGACAGCCUUCCUCUUUUCUUAGCGCCAUCCUGUGGAGCUGAUGUAAAAGCAGGCCUCUUGACUGAGUGGCCCAAAUCUGAGCAGCUGCCCCUGGUGAAGAUGCUGCAGGAACUCAGAGUUGCUGGAGGAGAAGAGCUAUUCUUCAUGCAGUUUCCGGACUGUCUUCCUGGCAGAUACUCAGCACCAAAGGUAGAUCUUCAUCAUGGAGCAGCAGAGAAACCUUCAAAGAAAGAAGGAAAGUCUGCACACCAAGAAGCCAGGAACAUGGACAGCUCUCCUGUGCUCUCACAAUUUCCUGAAGGACUUUUGGGCAAACUACAAAUCAGGAAGUCAGGAAAGGUGGAGCUAAAGUUGGGUGACAUUACCCUGGACGUGUCGGAGGGAGCCGCCUCUUCCUUUCUGCAGCAACUGGUGUCAGUUCGUCCCUCUGGUGGAAGAAGUGGAAACAUGAUGGUGUUGGGAAACGUCCAUCACAAGCUCGUCUUAUCUCCUGACUUCCAGUCCUUACUGAUACAGGCAGCUGCACAGCAGCAGCCAUGAAGCCGGGCCUGAUGGACCUGGAAAUGACAGAUUGCAAAGCAUGUGGAAAGAUUUAGUGAACAAACGUGGACUUCUGUUCCUCUCCAUUAAUGUUAGUAACCAGCAAGAUAAUAUGAAAGUUCAGCAUUUGCUACUGAAAUAACUGUUUUUAUGAAGAAGCUAUUUUUAUACUUUUGUCUGAAAAUUUUAAACUUGUUAAAUAAAUGUAAAUGAUCUUCAAAUGCUAAAAUAUCUAAAGACUUUUGACAGAGCACAGAAACUUCUAAGUGAGUUAUGCUGAGCUUUAGAGCGCUUUCCAAUUCUUUGAUUACUUUAUUAGGCACCCCUCACUAUUACCAGGUUGGUCCCCUUUUGCCUUCAGAACUGCAUUAAUUCUUCAUGACAGCUAUUCAAGAAGGUGUCACAAACAUUACUUUUAGACUUUGGUCCAUAUGGACAUGACCACAUCAUGCAGUUGCUGCACAUUCAUCUGCUUAGCAUCCAUGAUGAGAAUCUCCUGUUUCACCACAUUUCAAAGGUUCUCCUUUGGACUCUGGAGGCCAUCAGAGUUGAGUGAACUCAUUGUCAUGUUCAAGAAACCUAUUUCUUAAACAUGAGAUUAUUUUAACUUUGUGACCUAGAGCAUUAUCCUACCGGAAGUAUUUAUCAGAAGAUGGUCCACUGGGGUCAUAAGGAAAUGGACAUGGUCAGCAACGACAGUCUGGUAGACCCUGGGGUUUAGAUGAUGCUUGGACAUUCCAAAGGGACCCAAAGUGUGCUAUAAAAUAUCCCCCACACCAUGACACCACCACCAGCAACCUGAACCAUUUCAUGUUCUCUUCCUAUGCCAAAUGCUGAUCCUACAGUGUAAA